AUGAUGUUGAACUUGAUGCUUUCAGUGUUGAUCCAAUGCAAGCUUUUUAUGCUUAAACCAAUAAACUCACCUGAUGAUAAAUCAACUAAAAAUUGCCUUCCUUUCAUGAUCACGCUGUGUAAGCAUGAUUUAGACGUUCAUAAAAGUCCUGCAGUAAGCACAUACGCUUACGAAGUUUAUUGUCUUCAAAAUGAGUGA